AUGGUUGUUGCCGCCGCCGUUUUCCUUCUGGCGGGUGUAGCGGUGGCACAGGACUUCAACAAGAAGUUCGAGUACCAGUAUUCCUUCAAGGGCCCCUACAUAACGCAGACUGAUGGAACCAUUCCCUUCUGGUCUCAUCACGGACACGCUCUUGCCGGCGACGACAACAUCCGUCUUGUUCCAUCUUUGAGAAGCCGUCAGGGCUCUGUUUGGACAAAGAAGGCCUUUGAAAAAGACUGGUGGGAGAUCGAGGUCUUCAUCCGCAUUUCCGGACGUGGCAAAGUCGGCGCCGACGGAAUGGGAAUUUGGUACACAGUCGAAAACGGCGAAAUGACCGACCCACAGAAAAACGUCUACGGCGCGAAGGAUCAGUGGAUGGGCUUGGGUAUCUUCCUCGACUCGUUCGACAACAACGGCAACCACGACAAUCCAAAAAUCAUGGCUUUUAUUAACGACGGAACUAAUUCUUAUGACCAUGCUAAUGAUGGUGGUUCUACUGCGCUGUUUUCCUGCCGCCGGGACUUUCGAAACAAGCCUUAUCCAGUCAGACUGAAGAUUCGUUACUACAAAAGCACGCUGACGAUCUUCUACCACGCGGGAGUCACUGAAUUUGACGAUUACGAGUUCUGCGGCUCUGCUGAUAAUGUUGUUCUGGAAAAAGGCUUCUUCGGUUUGUCCGCGGCUACAGGUGGCCUGAGCGAUGAUCACGACGUCAUGAAGUUCCUGACACACUCCAUAACCGAUCCAGAGAGCAAGGAUGCCCAGCCGGACGAGGCGGAACAAGAGGAGAUUCAGAAAUUGGAGGAAGAGCUCAAGCAAAAAGUAGACGAGCUCAACACGAAAUUCACCGAGGAUAAGGAGAAAUUCGCCGAGGAGAAUCCAGAUCUAGCACCGAAAGAGCAGCUCGACAUUGGAAGCGAUGAUCCACAAUUGCAGCUGAUUUUUACUGUUCAAAAUCACAUCCAGCAAAAUAUCAAGACGAUCGCGUCGGACAUUGCGUCUGUCAAAGAAAUGAUAGAUAUGUUGCCCGCUAAGAUUUCCGUACCCGCAGCUGCGGAGAGCACUGGCAACGCUAAAGAUGCUUCUCCUCCCAAUCCUCCAAGUCAGGCAUCUAAUGAGGCUGUUGAUGCUAUCAGGAUAGUUGACGGGAAGACGAGCAAGAUGACUAACGACCUGAAUGCACUUCGCCAAGAACUCUCUAAAAUCGCAAACGCCGUGGCCACUCUUCAAUCGCAGCCAAAAGCGGCGACGGGCAACCCGAGUCAAAACAUCGAGGACGCCCAGUUCCGAAAGCUCCAGCAAGACACGAUGAAUAAUCUCAAGCAAGACAUUCAGACAAUGACGCUCAAAAUCGGCAACAUCGAGCGGCAAAAAAGCGCCUGCCCCAAGAUCCCGGAAGUUUCCUGUGUCUCUUCCACCACCUUCGUCUUCCUAACUCUCGUACAAAUUUGCGUCAUUGCCUUUUUGGUCCACUACAAGAUGAGCCAAGAGGCACAGGCCAAGAAAUUCUUUUAG